AUGGCCACUCGAACGACAGUGCUGAAACGGACCAUUGAAGGUCUCUAUCGACCUCAUCGAAAACACGAGAUUCUCUUUCAAGGCACCUUCCAGUCGCACUGGGCCCAUCCCGAUUUGGUGGAGAUUGUAAAACAAACACAAAAUGCUACUACUACUAGUAGCACCAUGCCAUCGGCACCACUCACGGUGGAAAUUCCCGAUAGCGUCUACAGUUUUUCCGCAUUCACGUCAGAAUUUGUGAAACUGUUGACGGAAGAAAUUGCAAACUUUUAUGCGGCGAGCGAACGAUUCGACAUUCCCAUUCAUCGUCCCAAUUCCAUGAACAAGUACGGUGUGGUCGUGAACGAGAUUGGAUUGCGACCCUUGAUUAGUUCCUUUCAGCAAGACUAUCUGUGGCCCAUUUCCAAGGUACUCUUUCCCCAAGAAGCCACACCCAAAUUCGAUGGUCAUCAUUCCUUUAUCGUACGGUAUCAAGCCGACGAAGAUUUGGGAUUGGAUAUGCAUACGGACGACUCGGAUGUCACGUUCAAUGUCUGUCUGGGGGAAACCUUUACCGGAUCGACUUUGACAUUUUGUGGCGAGUUUGGAGCGGCCAAUCAUCGACAAUACACGCAUCAAUAUCAUCACCAAGUGGGACGGGCUAUUUUGCAUCUCGGCAGUCGUCGUCAUGGAGCCGAUGACAUUGACACGGGCCGACGCAUGAACUUGAUUGUCUGGAAUCACAACUCGGUGUGGAGAGCCUCCAGCCAAUAUCGAGAAUUGAAACACGGCAUGGGAUAUCAACGGGAACAAGGACUGCCGUCCAAAGUGUGUUUGAGCUAUACGCACGAUGUGGAUUAUCUGGCGUAUCAUGACGACCUGCCGGAGCGGGCCAAGACAUUGCAGUUGCAUCCGUGGUGUCCGCCACCGGGAAUGGAAUACGAAGGGUUUGAAGAUCAACUGCGAGCCAAGGAUAAAAAGAAGAAGACACGUGAUCCAGUGGAUGAAUUGUGA